UUUGAUGGAUUCAAUAGGGUAGGAACCUAAAUUGAACCGAAAUGAUUUUGUCGGGCGAUUAUGUGUGAACACUUCCUGUACUGUUGAAACUAGCAAACUCACCCUCCACAGCAGAAGAUUUGCAUUUCAAAAUGUUCCUGACAAGAUCAGAGUAUGACAGAGGAGUAAACACUUUCUCACCAGAGGGAAGGCUUUUCCAAGUAGAAUAUGCCAUUGAAGCCAUCAAGUUGGGGUCCACAGCCAUUGGCAUUCAGACAUCGGAGGGAGUGUGUCUCGCUGUGGAGAAGCGGAUAACCUCUCCUCUGAUGGAGCCCAACAGCAUUGAAAAGAUUGUUGAAAUUGACACUCAUAUUGGCUGUGCCAUGAGUGGCUUAAUAGCUGAUGCAAAAACACUUAUUGACAAAGCAAGGGUGGAAACACAGAACCAUUGGUUUACCUACAAUGAGACGAUGACGGUGGAGAGCGUAACACAGGCUGUGUCUAACCUCGCUCUGCAGUUUGGAGAGGAGGACGCUGACCCUGGCGCUAUGAGCCGUCCUUUUGGUGUCGCUCUGCUUUUUGGAGGUGUUGAUGAAAAAGGACCUCAGCUAUACCACAUGGAUCCUUCAGGCACUUUUGUGCAGUGUGAUGCCAGGGCUAUCGGCUCAGCAUCUGAAGGAGCUCAGAGCUCUCUGCAGGAGGUUUACCACAAGUCCAUGACGUUAAAGGAUGCCAUUAAGUCUUCUCUCACUAUCCUGAAACAAGUGAUGGAGGAGAAACUCAAUGCCACUAACAUUGAGCUUGCCACAGUAGAGCCUGGCAAGACCUUUCACAUGUACACAAAAGAAGAGCUUGAGGAUGUCAUCAAGGAUAUCUAGAGCUGAAUGGAGCUCUGCAAAGCCUGACUGAUGUUUAAUAUGAAAAAUCCAGUGUAAUUUUGUGUGAAUCACCACACAGCAAUUGCACACAUAAUACUCUGGCUGCAUCCUACGGUUUGCCUGUUCAGACAGGAAUUGUCUUUAUACCUUUUUUUUUUUUCUCUCUGUCAAUCCCAAAAUUUCUAUAGUUCUGUACAAGCACAGAACAGCAGAUCUUGUAGUUGAAAAUACAUGGGGGGGUCCUUUUUGUAACAAAUCAAUGCGUUAAUAAACUGUUGUUGAAAAAUUGAUUUUUUUUUUUUUUUCCCCCUAUUUUAACAAGACUACAUUUAUAGGCUAAUAAAAAAAGAAA